AUGACCUGGGACCCAACCCAAUUCUUCCGGACGGAAGAAGGCCUUCCCCCGAGUCCCUACGCCCUGCUCAUCCUCAACCAUCCAAUCAACGAGAGAGCAUAUGAUGUUUUACGAAAGCAUGCACUAACAACCGUCUGCGCCGACGGUGGCGCCAACCACUUCUACGAGAUGAUGAAAGCGCGGGGGAGAGAGGAUGUAGAUUACCACACUACAUACACCAUCACAAUAAUCCCUAUACAAUGA